AAACGAACGAUGCUGGCGGUUCGGACUGUUUGGACACUCUGGAUCUACCAGCAGUGUCGCAGAUAUGCAGCGUUAUCGCAGCCUCUUCGUCCAGUGUGGUUCCGUCCACACGAUGGUGCGCCUUCUCCGCCUGCUGAUCCUCUUCCUUCUUGCCGCAGCCGUGCUUGGCUUCACGUUGCCUCCUCAUUCCCGCCGUUCUGCCAUCGGUGCUUUCCGGUCUCGUAGAGAGGCAAGUCGACGCCGCAGGGGACUCAUGCACAUGGUAUGCACUGACGCAGCCAAGACGCUCACACUGUGUGUGCCUGUCUGCCUGUCUGUUUACUGCCAGGUGACGUUCCGCAACGUCAGAGAGGGCUCCGGCUUCCGCCCCAUAAUGGAGGAGGAGUGGCAGCUCAACCCGCUGGAGAUCCGCCGCAACAUCUCUGAGGGCGACUUUGGGACUCGAAUUAACACAUCCUUCACGCUUGGCAAGGAGUUCGACCACCCCGCCGCCUUGCUUGGGACGCUGGUGUGGCCCAUUGUGCAGGAAGUGGCCAUCGCGGGCUACCCCAACUUAAUUAUGCACGCGCACAACCUGUGGACGCGAUUCAGCCGCCAGACGGGCAAACUCAUGGGAGAGGUACGGACGUACAGACAGUGAGAGAUUGUCAACCACACAGGCGAAUUUCACGCCAGCACUCACUCCCUGGCCUGCCUCUAUUGCUGUGAAUAUCAGCAGCCCGCCUUCGUCCUCACAUGGGGUGAGACAUCACAGGCCGUUCUUCUGGAUCGUCUUCGACGGCAGCGGUGGCCCACUCGACCUGGCCAAGACGGCCGCACACAUCCGCAAGAAAAAACUCGGCAGCGUAAGCCAACACACAGGCACACCCAGCCACUCACACCCACACCCACUCACACACACACACGGGGACGGGUGUGUGUGUUCUUGUUGCAGCAUGGGGCGGUGACGGACGGGCUCGAGUGGUACAUGGUGGAGCUGCCUGAUGAGAAGGACAGCCCCGGACCGGAUGAAAGGCUGGGUUUGUCCCGUAUGAAGUCAUGCGUCACAUUCGACAUCUGUGACCAGGUCAGCCGCACACACACACGCACAUCUGUGUGUCGGCAGCUGCUUUAACGCAUCCAUGUGCUGCCUUGAUGUCAUUCACAACAAUAUGCCCAGGCUCAGGAUAUCGUCGACUGGAUUCUGGGCAAGCUGAGGGAGCGGGCGGCCGAGUGCCCAGAAGAGUGGGAGCACACGCCGGAGUGGCGGUCGACACGGGCAGCACGGGAGGAGGCCGAGAGGGCCGCACAGCUCGAGAAAGAGAAGAAAAAGAACCACAAGAAAAGUGGGCAGACGAUGGCAACCACCUGAGCCUGAGGGCGCAGCCAGG